AUCAUCCUGUCUGUCUCUCGCUCUCUCUGUCACUCCGUUUUUCUGUCUGUCUCUCGCUCUCUCUCUCUCUGUCACUCCGUUUUUCUGUCUGUCUGUCUUUCGCUCUCUCUCUGUCACUCCAUUUGUCUGUCUGUCUGUCUGUCUGUCUGUCUGUCUGUCUGUCUGUCUGUCUGUCUGUCUGUCUGUCUGUCUGUCUCAGAUCUGAUCUGUAGUUCUAUUAUCUUUAAUAAAACUACAGAUUUCCAUAAUACAUUUGUAAAUGAAUGACCGGAAGCAAAGACUCAGGAGCUGCUGGCUUGAAAACCUGGAAACUGGAUCUGUUCUUUACUUGAACAUGAUCUGUUUACUUAAGAUCUUCUGAAUUAAAAUGAACAGGGCAGUCAAACCGGACUAAAGAUCAUGUUUAGGAUAUUUUUUAAACGAGACAAUAUAUCUAAUGCUUGUGAGGACUCAUGUGCUGGGACAAAUACCCCCCCACCAAAUUCAAGAUUCAAAGGCUUUAUCAUCAGAUGCACAGCAGCAACAGUACGGCAAAAAAAAUACGGCAAGGACAAACUUCAGUCCCGAGCUCCUCCAGUAAGGCAUCAUAAUAUAGAGGAAAUAAAACAAAUACAGCCAAUACAAAUAGUGAAAGAAGAGUCUAUAUACACGUAAGUAGAAUGUAAUAUAUACAGGAACAGAAUGUAAAAUGUAAUAUUGUACAGUAAGAUCAAAUUAAAUACCACUACUUGUUAAUUUUUAACGGGAACAAGACUUUAUAUUAUUAUAAUACUUGUAUUCAUUAGGGAUGACUGAUGUUUGUUUUUAAUAGAACAUCAAACUUUAAAAUAUCCGAUUAUAAACGGAUUACAAUACAUGAAUAAAUGUUUCUCACUCAACAUUAUCGUGUCUCACAUUAGCCUCAGACGGCCCGGUCCGGCGGAUCCAGUACGGGAUCUCCUAGCCCCCUCUGACGGCUACAGCUAAAGCUAAGCUAGUUCUCUAACCGUUAGCUGCUCUGCUAACCGGGUCCGCAAUCUGCUCCUUCCCAAUGACCGUUUUAAUUACCGGUACACACGGGUCUUAUUAAACGGUAAUACUCGGUGAUAUCCUCCCCCCAUCCGGAAGAUCUGAUCCCCCAUUAGGUCCCCCAGCAGCCGCCAGUCUCUGCUAACGGUUAGCCUCACAGCCAUCAAUAUGGCGGACAGCGGUUCCUCCUGGAAAAAAACAUCCGGAGAUCAGAGCUCCAGACCCGGGGAGAGAGCACCGUCAAAGACCGGGGAUCAGAGUUCCAAACCCAGGGAGAGAGCACCGUCAGUGUCCGGGGAUCAGAGCUCCAAAACCGAGGAGAAAGCACCGUCAGAGUCCGGGGAUUCGAGCUCUAAACCCGGGGAGAAAGCACCGUCAGAGCCCGGGGAUCACAGCACCCCACUAUCAGAGUCCAGGGACCAGAGCUCCAAACCCGAGGAGAAAGCACCGUCAGAUUCCGGGAAUCUCAGCACCCCACUAUCAGAGACCGGGGAUCAGAGCCCCCAGCCCCGGGAGAGAGCACCGUCAGAGACCGCCUCUGAAAGCACCCAGCUUAUGGAAGUAUCAGAGUCCGGGGAUCAGAGCACCCAGCCCGGGGAGAAGGCACCGUCAGAGACUGCCUCUGAAAGCACCCAGCUUAUGGAAGUAUCAGAGUCCGGGGAUCAGAGCACCCAGCCCGGGGACAGGUUGCCGGCAGGGUCUGGAGCUCAGCUGGUGGACUUGUUGCAGACCUGCCCAGAUCAGACCCUCCUGCUGGGCUCAGAGUUCUCCGGGCUGGCUCCGGACCUGGUGAACACCACUAUCAUCUAUGUGCAAGCGGAUGGCAGUCUGGUGGAGGGAUCCGGUCUGACGGCCGAGGAGCAGCAGGCCCUGCUGGAGCAGCUGACCCAGCAGCAGGUGGUCCAGGUCUCAGACACUGAGGCUGCUCAGCUGCUGCAGCAAAGCCAGCUGCUCAGAACCACCCCAACCAACAACACAGCCCUCGACCCCAGCCAGCUGCAGCAGGUCAUAAACCAGGUCACCAAGUCCCAGCAGCAGGUCCAGGUCCACCAGCAGAACCUGAAGCAGGUCCAGGUCCCCCAGCAAAACCUGAAGCAGCAGGUCCAGGUCCCCCAUCCCCAGCAGAACCUGAAGCAGCAGUUCCAGGUCCCCCAGCAGAACCUGAAGCAGCAGUUCCAGGUCCCCCAGCAGAACCUGAAGCAGCAGGUCCAGGUGCAGGUCCCCCAGCAGAACCUGAAGAACGCCUCCCAGCAGCUAAAGAGUGCGGCCCAGCAGGUGGCCAUGCAGACCGGAGGCUCGAUGCAGGUGAUCCAGAAGAAGCCCGAGCCCGUCAGGAUCCAGAUCCAGGUUCCUCCCAAACAGGAGGUGAAGUCUGGGCCCGCCCCCCAGCAAGGGAAUGCAGCUGUCAAUCAUCCGCAAGUGAAGCUGGCGGCCAAUGGCAGCGCUCAGAUCCUCCACCUCCAGCCUGUGAUUGGCCAGCAGGGACAGCAGUUCUUCCUGCAGCAGGGCGACGCCCCCAUUCAGCUGCUGCUGCACAGCCCCGCCCCUCUCCCCGGAUCUCUGCUCCCAUUGGUCCACAAGCUCACAGGCCAGACCUCCUCCUCCAGUCAGAAGCCCCACAUCAGAGCCCAGCCCCCUGCUGUCAUCAGAACCGAAGCUAGGACCGUUAGCAUCCCUCUAAUCAAAACACCUGCUAACGGCACGCCGCCCGCUGCCGGUAAGAGUCCAGUUCAAACGGUAGAAGGUACCGAUAAACCAGUACAGAGCGCCCGCCCCCUCGCUACAGUGAGGGACAAAGAAAAGAAGAAGAGAAAGAGAGAGAGCAAGGCAGCGAAGGUGCAGACCCGGUCUGGGCGAGUGUCCCGGCCACCCAAGUAUAAAGCUAAAGACUACAAGUUCAUCAAGAUGGAGGACCUGGCCGACAGCCACCAGUCAGACUCAGACGAUUACUCCGACCUGAGCGAGGAGGAGGAGGGGGGUCCAGGACCCACCCCACCCCUCACCUGCAGCCACAAGUCCCGCCCCCACCGCUGCCAGACAUGCGAUAAAUCCUACAUCGGGGCCGGGGGCCUGAACCGCCACUACAGGCUGAACCCAACACAUGGGGAGCCUGAUCCGCCCGGCGACACGGCACGCCCCCUCAGUGAUGACAGCCAAUCAGAGGAGACGAUGGCAGGACGACCAGAGGGUGAGGAGAAGGAGGAGAAACCUGUUGCCAUGACAACAAGCAGGGUGGAGGGGGGUCCAGCAGCAGGACUCAGGGGACUCCCCCCCCGCCGGGGCCCCGGACGGCCUCGAGGCCGAGGGAGAGGGCGAGGGAGGGGCCGAGUGCUAGGACCGCCUCCAAAGAUGGUGCAACAGUGUGGGGACCAGGAGCUGUUGGAGGUUCUGCUUCCUCGACUCUCAGAGAAGAUCAGUCUGUGGGAGCUGCUGCUGGCUAAGGUGGACGGGGGGUCCGCGGCUCGGUUCCCCGACAUGUACCGUGAGUUUGAGUCCCUGCAGGCUCAGGUGAGACAGGCGGCGCAGGAUUACAUCAUCAGCCCGCUGGCAGGGGGGGCGCCGCUGGAGGUCAGGAACAUUGAGGUGGCCAGGUCUCUGGGAAUCCUGGACGAGGUGAACCGGAUGAAGGUACUUCCUGGAUCGUCUCCCAGUCUGACCAAUAAGAGCGUACGGUACCUGGAGAAUUCAAAGAUGCUGCCGCCCUCGAAGAGAUUCAAGAUGGAGAACCGGGUUCAGCAGAACGGGGUCUCAGGUCCAGUGUUUGGCCCCUCAGACUCCUCCCCUCUGAAGUCUGGCUCUGACUCCGCCUCCAGCUCCUCCCCCCCUGCUGAGGCCCCACCAGCCAGCCAGGACCUGAUGAAGGAGGAGGUUCCGGGACCCCAGUCCAAGUCUGUGUCCGUCCCGCCCCCCCCCCAGCCUCCAGUGCUGCAGGAGGACGAGGAGAUCUACAUCCAGACGGAGAGCCUGACGGUGCAGCCCGGGGACCGGAUGGUGAUAGUGGACGGGCCGGACGGGACCACCAUGCACAUCCAGACCCCCGAGGGGGUUCCUCUGGAGGCGGUGCAGGCGCUGCUGGGCAUCGAGGCUCCGCAGUGAGGAUCUGAAGACCAGCAGACCUGCAGCCGAGAGACCUGGACUCUGAAUACCCCCCUGAGAUCUUCCUGUUUUUAAGGAUCUGGACUCUGUACAUGUGUAAAGUUUUCUGUUUGUGUUUAAACCUUAUUGACAGCAGACUCUGAGACGCUUGUAGAUAAACCUGAAGACGUUUAAGAAGUGCACUAUUUUAUUACUUUUUAUAAAACCAGUGACCAUGAAUUAAACACGUUUCAUGUUCCGGAA